AUGAUAAGACAAGAAGGUCGGGUUCUUCACUCCCCCAUCCACGAUUCAGUCGCGAACUCAAUUCGUUUCCUUCUCCGGAUUCGGCCAUCGAUUUCAAGGACUCGCCGUUGUCACACCUUGCUCCUUCCAUCCAUCCAUCCCUCUACUACGAAAUUAAACUUUGAACCAGAAUCUACAGUGAGGGGUGCUAUUACGAAAAUCUUUAAAGAAAAUUUUCAAGGCGCAUGGUCAUGUUGGAGUGCUGUUGAUUCGACAACACAAGAUUUUUGGUUUGCUGACUUUAAGGCCAAAUACAAAUGGCUUGAAAAGGAUGAAGCUAGCAUUAAAAAAAGCUUUAAUAGUAGGGGAACAUUGGCCCUGAAAAAUGCUUUGUUCAAGGUUCGUAGCGGUAAAGAUAAAGGUGAAUGGAUUGAUGAAGACAAGUUAAAAGAAUUAACGGAUCAAUGGAAAGGUGAAAAGUGGCAAAAUAUUUCUAAGAUUAAUACACAAAACAGAAAGUCUCAAGCUGGACAUAAUGUGCACAGUGGAGGAUCCAUUUCUGCUAGAGAACAUGCCAAAAAAAUGGAAAGUUACCAAACUAAAUUGUUUGAGAGAAAUUCUCAAAUAGGUGAGGGUAGUAACCAACAAUCUGAUGAUAGUAUAUACAUGGAAGUUGUUGGAGGCAUUAACAAGAAGGGACACAUAUUUGGAUUGGGAUCUCAAGCUGCCACUAUCAAAGAAUCUUUGAAAUUUUCUCCUUCAAUUUCUACUGAUGUGGUACAGUCAGAUAAAGUUGCUGCUAUGGAGGCUAAGAUUGAAGCAUUAACCGUUGAACUUGAGCAAAAGAAUCUUGAACAAGAAACGUUAAAACAAAAGAUGGAGCAUUGGGACCAGAUUUUUGGAAGGUUUGUGCCUAGUAUUAAUCAAAACUCUCCGGGUCAACUUGGAAGAGAAGGUGAUAAUGAAAAUUAUGAGAUGGAUACUAAUGAAAAUUAUGUGAUGGAUGAUGAAGAUGAUGUGUUGGAUGAUGAAGCUUAACUUUAGUUACUUUCUUUUAUGUAUUUUUGUUAAAUCAAUUGUAUGAAUAUUUGUUUCUUUGACAAUUUUAGGUUUGAUAUUAUAUUUAGUGCAGUAGUGGUGCACUUGAUACUUUGUAAGAAUGACAUACAUUUGGUGUCAAUU